AUGUCCCCCAAACCCCCCCUCAUCGCCAUAAUCGCCGGCGUCGGCCCCGGAACCGGCGCCUCCGUCGCCCGCAAAUUCAGCCAAACCUACCCCGUCGUCCUCCUCGCCCGCACCCCCGAAUCCUUCUCUUCUCUCGCCGAGGAAAUAAACAAGAACGGCGGGAAAGCCAUUGGCAUAGCCACAGACGUAUCCUCCGCCCCCUCCCUCUCCUCCGCCCUCGCCGGGAUCAAGAAAGAGUUUGGAGAUGAUGUCGCAGCCGCGGCGGCGAUUUUCAAUGCUUCUGGUGCUUUUAUGCGGAAGCCGUUUUUGGAGAUCCCCGUCGAGACGUUUGAGAGGAGUUUGGGGGUUAGUGGGAUGGGGGGUGUGUUGUUUUCGCAGACUUUCUUGCCGUUGUUGUUGAAGGGGGUGGAGAGGGGGAGUGAACACCCGCCUAGUCUUAUCUUUACGGGGGCGACGGCGAGUGUGAAGAGUAAUGCGCAGAUGGCGAGUUUCUCGACGGGGAAGUGGGCGUUGAGGGCGCUGAGUCAGAGUUUGGCGAGGGAGUUUGGACCGCAGGGUGUGCAUGUUGCGCAUGCGAUUAUUGAUGGGGUGAUUGAUAUUCCGAGGACGAAGGAGUGGUUGAAGGAUAUGCCUAAGGAGGCAAAGUUGAGCGCUGAUGCUAUUGCGAACGAUUAUUGGUGGCUGCAUACGCAGCCUAAGACGAACUUUACGUGGGAGAUCGAUCUUAGGCCUGCGGUUGAGAAGUGCUCCCGCUGGUCCUCCAAGCCGACACCAAAGCCAUCUGGAGAUGAUGCGAAGACUCCGGAUGAGCCCAAACACGUCGCCGUCCCGUCUUUCGGAUUCACGAUGCCUAAGUUCAGGAAGAAGUCCGCUCCCGUCGUCUCAUCUUCAGUAGAGGCCAAGUUGGUCGAGACGAAGAAACCCGCGGCCAAGGUCGAUGCUUCUCCCUGUCAAGAACUUGUCAAGGUCGAGACGGAACGACCGCAGUCCAAGGUCUCCGCCGCCAUUCAGGCGACUCGAGACCAGAUGGCCAAGUUCGUGGGCCUACGUCGUCAAGAUCGCCCUUCCAAGGCAAAUGCGACGAUUGGACAUGGUCCGAGCGCGUCGUACGGAGGAUAUAUCAGGAGAGGAUAG